AUGGCCGCCGCCGGCGACGAUCCGGAGACCAAUCGCGCGUGUACGGUCGACGCAGCGACCACGGCCGUGCGGCGAUGCUGGUCCUCCAGGUUCCCCGACGAUCUCCUCGCCGACAUCUGCCGCAUGCUCGACUCCCCGCGCUGCCGCGCGCGUUUCGUCGCCGUUUGCCGGUCGUGGCGAGCCGCCGCGCGCGCGGCGCCCCCCGUUGCGCUGCCAUGGCUGCUCCUCUCGCCCUGGAAGGGCGACUCGACGAGGCGCGUGUAUUGCCCCGAGGACGGAUCCGUCGUGCGCGUCCGGCUCACUUUCAAGAUGGAGGUCGUCGGCUGCCACGACGGUGGCUGGGUCGCCACGUUCAUGCCGGCAUCGCUCAAGAUCGUAAACGCCUUAUCCGGCGCCAAGGUGAAGCUCGGCCGGAAGCAGGAGAGGCUAGUCUGCGGGGAUCAUGUCCACGACUCGAUCCUGAAAAUCUACGCGUUCUCGAAGAUGCUGAAAAUUGUAUUCUCCGAACCACCCACCUCCCCUGGCUGCAUCCUCGCCGCCAUCGUCGACCACGACAGUAUCGGGCACUGCGUCGGGAUCUGCAGGAUUGGCUGUCCAAACAGCGGGUGGACGAUGCACAGAUGUCACGGUAGGACGUUCAUGGACAUCACCUUCUGCAACGGCGACCUCUAUGGCCUCGCCGAGAACGCAAGUGAAGUCGUCAAGUUUGAGAUUGGCGCGAACGAGGAUGGCGCGCCGGUGGUCAUGGCCGAGCGCCACCUAAGCAUCGGUGUGAGCUCCUCCGAGGAGAAUCAGCUGAGUUACAUCUUUGAUCUACACGGCAAGCUCGCGAUUGCAACGAGGGCACAAUGGUCACGGAACCUCCAACUUUUCUUCAAGGUGUUCGAGUUCGUUGACAUACAUGAUGCCAUUGACAACGAACCAGCAGCGUGCUACAAGCACAAGUGGGCGGAGGUGGCCGACUUGGGCGACCAUGCCUUAUUCUUGGGACGGACGUUCUCUACAGCAGUGCACGUGCCGUCAAACAGGCGAAGCAGCGUGGAGAGAAACACCAUCUACUUCUCCUAUCAUCGUCGCAGCUACUAUAGCUACUACGGACUUGUCAAGCCCCGACAUGCCCUAUUGUUGGCCACCUCGAAGGAAAACAGCGGCCCCACAUAUUACAUGGAAGAUGACAGGAACAAGCACACCAAGGGCGAUGAAAUGAAGAGGAUCAGGUCGGUAGGAUACUCCCACAUCACAAUGGACAAUAAUCACGAUGGCGGCGCAUGGGUUCUCCCUCCAGAUAUCUAG